GCUGAGCUAAAUGAUGCUUCAUUCAGAAGGGGUCCAAGCAGCAGUGCGGUAAACAGUUUCAGUGAGAGCUCUGUUCCGUUUAUCACUUUCAAGAGGUGGAUCAAGUUUACGACCGUUCCUAACACCAGCUUCUGUAACAGGUGCUGAGCGGCUCUCGUUCCGGACGGCGAUGGAGGUGCUGAACGCGACUGCGGCGGCGGCGGCGGCGGCGGCGCCGUGCGCCUCGUAUGGCGUGCACGCGGUGGUGUACUCGGCUCUGCUGUCGGCGCUGGUGCAGAUGACGGCGGCUCCGGACGAGGCGGAGCGCCGCAGCUACCCAGCGGAUGCGUGGGCGGCGGGCCGGCUGCAGGAGGAGUACGACUGGCUGGUGGUGGGCGGCGGCGCCGCGGGCAGCGCCCUCGCCGCCAGGCUGGCCGACCACAGCCCCGCCUGGAGCGUGCUGCUGCUGGACGCGGGCGGCGACCCGCAGCCCGAGGCCGACGUCCCGAGGCUCUUCCCCAGGCUGCACGCCACGCAGAUGGACUGGCAGCUGCGCACCGACCCAGAGCGCGGGUCGUGCGAGGCGUACGGCGACCACGGCUGCCCGUGGUCACGGGCGCGCGUGCUGGGCGGUAGCAGCACGGUGGGGCCCGGCCUCUACCACCGCGCCAGCCGCAGGGACUUCGACCGCUGGGCGCAGCCGGAGGGCUGCCAGCACUGGGCCGCCGAGCACAUGCUGCGCGCCUUCAAGGACGUCGAGGACUACCAGCCCGCAGACGCCGCCGGCGACCACCACGGUGUGGGCGGCGAGCUGGCAGUGGAGUCGUUCGCAGAGGAGGAGCCGCUGCUGGGCGCGCUGCUGGAGGCGGUGUCGGAGCUCAACCAGUCGCUGGUGGAGGACCUGAACGCGUGGCCGGCCGGAGGCGGCGGCGUCCUGGGCUUCGGGCUGCUCCCCGGCACCGUGCGCAACGGCACCAGGUGGAACGCCGCCAGGGCCUUCCUGCGCAAGCCGCGCCACAAUCUGCACGUGCUCAAGAACGCCCAAGUCACCAAGGUGCUGAUAGACCCGGAGACGAUGACGGCGCUGGGCGUGCAGUACGAGAGGGAGGGCGAGGUGGGCGUGGUGCGCGCCUCCCGGGAAGUCAUCCUGUCAGCGGGGGCGGUGGGCACGGCGCAGCUGCUCAUGCUGUCCGGCCUGGGGCCUGCGGACCACCUGCACGACGUGGGCGUGCCCCUGCUCAAGGACCUGCCCGUCGGGUACAACUUACAGGACCACGUGACCUACCGCGGCCUACUCCUUGUGGAGGAGUUCGUCGGCCGUAAGGAGUCCUCGGACGCGUUCCUUCAUAUGGCAGAGGCGUACGAGUACCUGCUGUACCGAGCCGGCCCCCUGUCCUCCCCUGGGUACCACAGCCUGGCUGGCUUCAUCAGGAGCGGCGAAGACGCAGAUGAUGACGCCCCUGGCUACCCCGACGUCGGCAUCUUCCUCUUCGGGCUGGAGUCGCGGCACCGGGAGUGGAUCCUGCAGCGACAGCGCGAGCUGGGCUGGUCGGAGGAGGCGCUGUCGGGCCUGGAGGAGCUGCUGGACAGGGGGGACGCCCUGGUGGUGGCGCCGACGCCGCUGCGGCCCUACAGCAGGGGGCGCGUGCUGCUGCGGGGCGCCGACCCCACGCUGCCGCCGCGCGUCCAGCCCAGCUACCUGCAAGACCCCAGGGACGUGGACACCAUGCUCGCGGGUAUCAGGUUCGGACUGCAGCUGGGCCGGUCCAGAGCAGCGCGCGCGGCGCAACUGCGCGUGCGCGACCUGCCGCUGGCGGCGUGCAGCGACCACUCGCCGCUGUCCGAGUCGUACUGGCGGUGUGCGCUGCCGCUGCUCAGCGAGUCGCUGCACCAGCCGGCGGGCACGGCGCGCAUGGGCGCCCCGGAGGACCCGGAAGCCGUCGUGGACUGCCGCCUGCGCGUCAGGGGCGUCAGCAGGCUGCGCGUCGCCGACGCCUCCGUCAUGCCCACCAUCGUCAGCGGGCCGCUCGACGCCACCAGCAUCGCCAUCGGGACCAAGGCCGCCGACAUCCUCGCCGAGGACUGGGAGUAGGCGUCCGCCUCCGACCGCAAUAAGCUGUCCAAGUCACGCUGCUUGCUUGGCUUCCUCAGUACUGAGGCUGGAUAAUAUGAAUGAAAAAAUUAUAUUCGUGGUUAAAGCGUUGUUAUAGGACAAAAUAAGAUAAAAGUACGAGGAGCGUUCAGUAAGUAAUGCAACACAUUUCUUUCUGAAAGCAUAUUGGUUUUAUUCAGGAUUCUAAUAAACCAUAUUAUUCCUCACUCUUUUACACUAUCUUUUUGCAUAAUCCAUAACCUCCAUUCAUUGCGACGGUCUUACGCUCCCUUACUUGGAGACUGGUCGACAUCUGAGCCAACAUCUUGCUCCAUCAAUAUCAGACAGACAUUCAGUUGUGCAGCGAGGUGUUUAGUUGUGAUCCUUUCAUCACCUCGAAUGAGAGUGUCCGCACGUUCCAACGCUGUGGAGUAACAUCUCUUUAUAGGCUUCUGUUAGACGGCGAGGAACCCAGCGGGCACACACCUUUGAGUACCGCAACUGUUCGAUGUGUUUGUUACGACACCCUCAUUGGCACUGUAGCAAGAAGGAAGAGCUUCUCUGGACGGUAUCACUAACCUGCUGUCUUACUGCUUCAGUAAGUCCCUCGUCGCACAGUAGUAGCGCUCAGUCACCUGGUUCCAUGUGGGUGGUGAUCCUUCUGAAGUGGAGUGUUUAGGGAUGCCAGUUGUUAAUUGUCUACAAUGUUUGUACUAUACUUGUUUUAAUACAGAAAUUGCUUUGUUACACACGUCACAGAAUCAGCAUUUGCAAUAUGGCGGCUCUGGAAUACGCAGUUAUAUUCGACCCUUUACACACGUUAACAACGUUUUCUGACUUUCCAUAACGAUAGACACUGCCCACGACACGUGGCCUUCUGAUAACUAGUAACUUCACUUUAUAUCUUCCUUAACAGCUGAGAUACGCACUCGCGACCUUUCUUUUAGAGCCGCCCCGGUUACUCGACCGUGCGUUUUUUCUACGCGGAUCUGAUGUCACGUUUGCGGACAUUGUGACGGAAGUUUGUCUCUCAACACUGUCUCAGAUUGUAAGAUCCUACUCCCGAAUACUCGGAUCUUGUCCCUACUAAGAUUGCACAACAUUGCCUCCUAUGAUUUUAUCACUAAUGCUCCUUGCUGGCGCUUAAUUGUUAAAUGUACAUGUAGCCUGGCUGCUGCUGAACAUUACCGAUCUCAUAAAUGUGCGUAAUACUUGGCUUAAACACGUGAACGGAAUGCAUGUAUGCAUUAGUGUCAGCACAGGCAACAGAGACGCCCAGUUGUGCAGUGAAGCGUUUGAUUCUCCUCAGUCCAGCAUUUCGAAGGGGAAUGUCCACAAGUUCCAACAAUGCAAGAGUAGCAGGUGUGUAGCCGUCCAGCAAGUGGGAUACAGGACAGGUCUGCACGACCUUGUUGCGAUGAUGACAGACGCCUCGCCCAGCGACUCACCGUCCUUUUGUUCACUUUCAGGUCUCCGUAGAAAUUGUGCAACUAUGAAAAUCUGCUCUGCUCUCGUUUUCUGCUAGUGACACCUCUCUGCUUGAAACGCACCUCCGUAACAGACACUAUGUUUAAGGCUACGUACAGCGCCGCCGCCUUCCAGAACUCCUUGAAACCACAGUGGCUGAAGCGGGAAUAUUCGAAGACGUCUCACAACAAAUUUGACAUUUUUUCAAGCGAAAUUCGCCGAAAAAUCAAUGUGUUGCACUACUAACUCAAUGCCCAUCGUAUUAAAUUUAAAAAAUUGAAUACUGUUUACUUUAUUAAAUAACUGAAAUACGUGCAAUACUCAGAAAACACAGUAUUAAACACCAAAAAUUACAAAAGCAAUGCCACUAGAAAAUGAAAGUAUUGGUCAUUUUCAGAUGUUGCCCUAGAACUACAUUUUAAAAAUAUAUUUCAAGGUGUUGUUGUGCUGAAUUGUUAGAAAAUAACUUAAACGCAUACAGUACUCAGGAAACUCGACAAUAAAACCUAAAAAUUAUGAAAA